AUGCAUUCGGUGCUAGGCUUGCUGGCCCUGGCACAUCAUGUGCUUGGAGCAGCCAUUUACCAGGCACCUUUAAAGAAAAUCGAAAGUGUACGGACAAGAAUGAUCAGAAGUGGGAGUUGGCCGGAUUAUGUGAAGGAGAGGAAAGCUAUGCGAACGGAACUAGUACUAAAUAGGAACACCUAUCCACAUCCGGUUAUUCUCGAUACUGGUAGUGCCAACUUAUGGGUACCAGAUAAGAAAUGUGUGAGAGGUCUCAAGGAAGUCUGUGAGCAACCCAAAUGUGCCUAUGGAAUGAUUUGUACGGUAUUCUGUCCGAAUAAGUUGUGUUGCGACAAGGAAUUGAGAAUCAACAGAAAGAGUGGCAACCCGUGUCAAGGAAAGGACUAUUUCGAUUCAGCCAAAUCGUCUUCUUAUGCAAAACUUGUGAACAGGACCGAAUUUGAAAUCAGAUUUGGUGAAAGGUUUGCGAAAGGAUUCUUCGGUAACGAUACAGUGAGGUUCGGUGCUGCUGGAAGCAAUCGUCUCAUCGUUCCUGGAACGGUAUUCGGUCAAGCUGAGAGCAUUGGAAGGAUUUUCGCGAGAAAUCCUAUCGGAGGGAUACUAGGGCUGGGAUUCCGUAGCCUAGCUGUUGGAGGCGUGAAUCCUCCUUUUCAACAAGCCGUUGAUUUGGGAUUGGUGGAACCGAUUUUUUCUGUCUACUUGAAGCGCUUGGGAGUAUUGGCAAGGGGUGAAUACGGAGGUGUUUUCACCUAUGGAGGACUCGAUAAAGAGAACUGUGGCGAUGUGAUUGCGUACGAAAAUCUUUCAAAGGCAAUGUUUUGGCAGUUUCGAUUGAAAGAAUUCAACGCAGGGAAAUUGAAACUCACUGAUGGUUGGGAAGCGAUUUCUGAUACCAGUACUUCUUCUAUAGGAGUUCCUUCAGCCAUCGCCAAUCAAAUAGCUACCUCGGUUGGAGCUGAGUACGACUUUUUCUAUGAAGUGUACGUGAUCAACUGUAACUCGACGGUCACAUUCAACUUGACCAUCGGAUCGAACGUCUAUGUGAUUGAGCCGACGAAUCUCAUUGCUAAAGGUGAAAUCUGGUGUUCACUCAGAUUAGUGUCAUUAGGUUCUUCUGGAGGCUUCGGACCACAAUGGGUUCUUGGCACUCCGUUUAUUCGCCAAUAUUGCAACAUUUAUGAUGUUGGCAACAAAAAAAUAGGCUUCGCAAGGCCGCUCAAAAAAUAG